AUGGACCCGCCCGUCGACGCCCCGACACUCGCCUUCCUCUCGCGCCUCCCCCUCGUCCUAUCGCCCCGCCCUCGACUGUCGUCCGCCGCCAGCCACCACCUCGCCGCCGCGACGCAGGGCAGCAGCCACCUGGCACCUCGAGGCGGCAUCCAGUGUCGAGCGUGUCGCGCACAGCUCGUCGGCGGCAUCAACGCGAGCGUGUGGGUCGAGCGCGGCGAGCUCUGGUCGGCGUGCGGCGGAUGCGGCGCCGUGUCGAGGCGUGCGAGCGAGGCGGUGGGCCCUGCUGCUCCGGCAUUGGCGGCGGCGGCGACGACGAUGGGCAAGGGCGCGCUCGAGCCGGUCAAGAAGCGUCGUCGAGUCGCCCUCCAGCGGCGCCUCGAGGCGGUCCACCCGACGGCGCUCGCCUCGACGUCGGCCAGGCCGGCGGCUCCAGCUCGAGGAGCGAGUCCGACUCGCGCUGCUGCUGGCCGAGCGACACGACCCGGGCGAGACGAGCCGGCCUCGAAUUGCCGUCCGCCUCCCCCGACGACGACCAUGGCCCUCCCUCCUCCGUCGACCUCGACUGCCGCUCCCGCCACCUCUCGUCCGCCUCGACCGAGUCCAGCAUCAACUUCCCUCCCUCCUGGGCCGCCUGUCGAGCCGUCGCGGCCCGCCUCGGCCGCUUCCACCUCCCGCUCGACCCCCUCCCUCUCGACUGCCGCCUCUCCCUCCCUCACGUCCACGCCCACGCCCACGUCGGCGCCCACCGCCGCAUCCAAGAAGCGCAAGCGGCCAAAGCAGCCAUCCGGGCUCGCCGAGCUCCUCGAGGCCAAGAAGAAGCGCGAGCAGGGCGAGAAGGCGGCAGGCGGACUCGGCCUCGCGGGCUUCUUGCAGGGUCUGUAGCUCGCUCUCGGUGCAGCAGAAUAGACAGUUCGCGAAACAUGAUCGCGUUGCGGCUCG